AUGUAUCUCAUGAAUCCCCCAGUGUUGGCUGCACCCGUCCCAGGAAAACCAUUGAUUCUCUAUAUUUCCGCUCAAGAACGAUCGGUUGGGGCCUUACUUGCUCAGGAAAAUGAUGAAGGGAAGGAGCAUGCGCUGUAUUACUUGAGUCGGAUGAUGACACCUAAUGAGUUGGAUUACUCACCCAUCGAGAAGUUGUGCUUGGCACUUAUAUUUGUCAUUCAGAAGUUAAAACAUUAUUUUCAAGCACACACUAUUCGACUCAUAUCUAAGUCUAAUCCCAUUAAAUAUGUGAUGGCAAAACCUUGGGAGUUGACUGAUGAACUCCCCGAUGAAGAAGUGUUUAUGGUCGAAUCCCCGUGGUCAAUGUAUUUCGAUGGAGCUGCUCACCGUGACGGAGCUGGUGCGGGAGUUGUCUUUUAUACUCCUGAAGCAGAUGUAUUGCCGUACUCCUUCACUUUAACACGCCGGUGUACAAACAAUGUGGCCGAAUAUCAGGCGUUGAUUCUUGGGCUUGAAACGGCCGUAGACAUGAAGCAGUUGCAUCUUAGAGUCUAUGGUGAUUCAAAAUUGGUGGUAAAUCAACUUCUUGGAAUUGAUGAUGUCAAGAAACCUGAAUUGAUUCCAUAUUAUAAGUAUGCAAGACAACUCAUGGGAUAUUUGGAUAGUGUCACUAUAGAACAUAUCCCUAGAAAUUUCAACCAACAAGCUGACUCUUUGGCAAAAGUGGCGUCCAUGAUCACUUUACCUUCUCAUCGAAAUCAAAUUUCAAUAUGUCAGAAUUGGGUCAUACCUCCGAUGUUUGACGAAGAAGGUGAUGGUGAGGAAGAAAAUACUUAUCAUAUUUUUGUCCAUGAGAUCGAAAAGGAGGAUUGGCGUCACCUCAUCAUUGAUUAUCUUAAUCAUGGGAAGUUACCAAAAGAUCCUAAGAAAAUGGUUGAUAUACGUCGUCGACCACCACGUUUCAUUUACUACAAAGGGACGCUUUACCGAAGGUCAUUCGAUGGGGUGUUUCUACGAUGUCUUGGAGAAGAUGAGGCCAUGCAAGCAAUGGAGGAGGCUCACUCUGGGAUAUGCGGUGCUCACCAGUCUGGCCCGAAAUUACACUUUCGCAUUAAAAGAAUGGGAUACUACUGGCCAACAAUGGUGAAGGACUGCAUUGACUUUGCUAGAAGAUGUCAAGCUUGUCAAUUCCAUGGCAAUUUCAUCCAUCAACCUCCUGAACCAUUACACCCAACUGUGGCUUCUUGGCCAUUCGACGCUUGGGGUUUGGAUAUAGUUAGUCCUCUGGUGGACACAUUUUCAUUUUGGCGGUGA